AUGUCUGGAUCUCAGUCCGCAACCUGGUGGCAAAAGCCGGAGGAUCAGCGGGUAGCCAACGGCAACAAAAUCAGCAGCGACCUGGGACCUGGUGCUGAGGUCAACGAGGAAACGGCCCUGCUUCCAGGCACUCCGCCGAGAGAAGAUGAGCCAGGGUCAGGGAGCGACCAUGAUGAGCAAGAAAGUUGGAACGAACCUCGCAUCAACGCAUAUCGCUUCGCUUCUGUCAUCUUCACAUUGUUCAACCUUGGCCUGAAUGAUGCCUGCAUUGGCGCAUUGAUCCCCUAUAUACAACCUUACUAUGACAUUAACUAUACAGUCGUCUCGACCCUGUUCGUGGUGCCCUUUUUGGGCUACCUCGUUGCAGCACUGGCGAACAGCUGGAUCCAUCUCAACAUUGGCCAGCGCGGCAUAGCAUUCUGUGGUCCCGUCUGCCGGCUGAUCAGUUUCAUUGCCAUGGCAUCGCAUCCCAAGCAAUUUACGUACCUGCCUAUCGCCAUGGCCCUGACGGGCCUGGGGAAUGGCUUCAACGACAGUGCGUGGAACGCUUGGGUGGGCAACCUGCGAAACCAGAACGAGCUUCUCGGCCUCAUUCAUGGCGCAUACGGUCUAGGCGGCAUCGUUGGGCCCCUCAUUGCGUCCGCCAUGGUGACCAAGCUUGGCUAUCAGUGGUAUGAGUACUUUUAUGUCAUGAUCGGCGUGUCUGUCCUUGAGAUUGUCUGGAACACGGCAUCCUUCUGGACGGCCACGGCUGCCGAGUAUCGACGAAGGCACAAGUUCGGCGAGGGCAAAGAACCCACAAGCACGCGGGAGAUUCUGUCGUCGCCCGUGCCUUGGAUCGUGUCGGCUUUCCUCUUUGGCUACGUGGGCAUCGAGGUCUGCCUCGGUGGCUGGAUCCCGUCGUUUAUGAUCGAGGUCCGUCACUCGGACAAGUUCCUGGCUGGCGUGGUGGUGACACUGUUCUGGGCAGGCCUGACCCUCGGCCGCGUGGUCCUUGGAUUUGCCACCGGUCGCAUUGGCGAGAAGCUGGCCAUUGUCAUCUACCUAAGCAUCUGCGUCGUGCUGGAGAUUCUCUACUGGGCGAUCCCCAGCCUGGAGGUGGCUAUCGUGUGCGUCAUCUUCAUGGGAUUCUUCCUUGGCCCGCUCUUCCCCGCGGCCAUUGUGACCAUGACAAAGCUUCUGCCAGCUGACCAGCACGUCGCGACAAUCGGGCUAUCGGCUGCCAUUGGAGGCGGCGGCGCGGCAGUGUUCCCCUUUUUGGUGGGGUUGAUCGCCGAGGAUGUGGGCGUCCAGGUCCUGCAACCCUUUGUGCUGGUGCUCAUGGGGAUCAUCAUGGUCCUCUGGAUCGUCUUGCCAGGAGGCUUUAGGAAGGGUGGCCUUGAGCAAGCCCGAAGGGAAGGCUUGCGCAUCGGGGACGUCUUCCGGGGAUCUACCUGA